CCUCAUUAUCGGAAGGGGAUUUUCUUUCUUUUCUCUCUAUUUUUUACUUUUUUCUUGAUUGAUUGGCCUUUGUAGUUAUUAUCCUUUGCCACCUCUUUGUAGUGGUCGGGGUGUUUAUUAGAAUCUCACCCGCCCUUCUCGCUGUUUGACUUUUGUCAUCGCCGCAGUGUCCUACGCACGCUCUUGUGCAGUUGAUUUCGAAACACGGCCCAAUUUUGUCCAUUUGAGAAUUGGAGACAAAGUCCUGCCCGCCAUCUCCUGUCCGUCAUGAAGGUCUUUUCUUCGUCAUGCACAUUUGAUUAUUCGUGGGAGGAGGUAUCGACCGCAAACUGGCGCAAGUACUGCCCUUGGAAUGACAAGUCCACACAUGUCGUGGCGGUAGACACUCUUUCUCGAAGCGUGGAUAUGCAAACCGGUAUACUGCGCACCGAACGUUUGAUCACCUGUAAUCAGUCCGUGCCACAAUGGGUACUCUCACUAUUUGGAGGCAGCGCUACGUCUUAUGUAUACGAAGUAUCAUAUGUUGAUCCAAUUUCCAAAAUGGUCACGAUGUGCUCGACAAACCUCACGUGGUCGAAUGUCCUCAGUGUCAGGGAAACCGUUGUCUACCAACCAUCACUGCUGGAUCCAUCUUCAAGUACACAGUUCAGCCAAGAAGCAAAGAUUACCGCUCUUUGUGGGGGUUGGCAGAAAAUCAAGAACAAAGUCGAGGAGGCAAGUGUUGAACGCUUUAGUCAGAACGCGAAGCGAGGCCGAGAAGGAUUUGAAGCUGUUCUGGAAAUGAGUCGACGAGUUUUCAGUGAACAACGCGAGCACGACAAAAACCAACUUUGAUCUUGAGGUUCUCCUCGGCUUGGCACACAGUCUAUGGACACAGCCAACCAUUUAUCUUUUCAAGCGUUUGCAUAUAUAUGGCGUUCCUUUGAGUUCUUUUCAGCGUCCCGACUUCAGGGAAUCUUUCAGCCCCCUUCUUGCGAUUUACUCACCAGCCUUGCAUUUUCAGACCGCUGUCCCAACAGUGUUUUACUCACCAGCCUUGCAUUUUCAGACCGCUGUCCCAACAGUGUUAGUGCUUGGACCCAAUUGCCCACACGCCAUUGCAAAGUGAGCAGCUUAUAUGGUUUGAUGAUGCAUGACCUCUUCCCUACACAACAAAAGCAAUAGAACGCUCUACGGUCUACAUUUAUCUGUGCUAUCAUAUCUACUC